AGGCACCGGGAAGUUGGCGCGGCGCACCUGAGUUGGAGAGCCUACAAAUUCACCUGGAGUACGCCUUAGCACAUUCUCGUCUGUCGGGAAGGGUAAGUGAUUGAGGUUCAAAUCAUGAGUGGAAAGAAAGUUUCUGUAAAAUCAGAAAACGCUCAAGGUGAAUUGCCUUGUGUUGUGUUUGAUGAACAUUUGGCAAAGAGCAAGAAAGGGCUCGUGGUCAUCCAGGAAUGGUGGGGAAUGAAUGAGCAAAUCCAAAAGGAGGCUAAAGACCUAGCAGAUAUGGGUCCAUUUGUUACAAUUGUUCCCGAUCUUUACCGCGGAAAAUUGGCCAAGGACAACGAGGAAGCUGGUCAUUUGAUGAACAAUCUGGACUGGCCUGGCGCUGUUAAAGACAUCAAAGCCGCAGCCUUCCAUCUGAAAACGAUGGGGUGUACCAAGGUGGGUGUUACCGGCUUUUGUAUGGGCGGUGCCCUAACAUUGGCUACAGCCGCUUUAGAACAAGACUAUAUUUAUGCAGCGGCACCUUUUUAUGGCAUUCCAGGCGAAACUCUCUGUGACGUAUCCACCAUUAAAUGUCCGGUGCAGUGCCAUUUUGGUGAGCUUGAUGCACUAGAAGGUUUUUCGUCACCAAAAGACGCGGCAAAGCUGGAGGAGAAAUUCAAAGCCAAGGGCGUUAAAUACGAAAUGUACAAGUAUCCCGGAGCUAACCACGCAUUCACCAAUUACACCGGUCCAAACUACAAUAAAGAAGCGUGUGACCUUGCGCUAAAGAGACUGACCGAAUUUAUGAACAAGAACCUGUUGAGGAUCGAGGAGCGUCCACAUUUCCAUAACCGCCUCGGUCUGAUCUGCUCCUGUCUCGGUUCUGUGGUUGGUACGGGGAAUAUAUGGAGGUUUCCCAGGAUACUUGCUUCCAAUAGCGAGGAGAAAGGUGGUUUGGUUUUCCUAUUAGCAUGGGUCCUGUUUUUGGUUCUCUGGUCCAGCCCUAUGCUGCUGAUUGAGUAUGGAACAGGACGCUAUACAAGAAGAGCCGUGAUUGGUUCAUUCCGAGCUAUUCUGGGAGAGGGCGCCGCCUGGUGUGGCGCAUGGAUCUCCAUGGUUACUUUUCUAAUAUCAUGCUACUACUCGGUAGUGUUAGGAUGGUGUUUGUACUACUUCGUUUAUAUGAUUGCAAACGAUCUUCCGGAAACAGCUGAAGCAGGCGAAACAAUAUUCAAGGAUUUUGCAGAGGACAGCUAUUGGCCAGUUCUCACGCAUGCGCUAGCUUCACUCCUGGCUGGACUGGCAGUGGUGAAGGGAGUGAAUACAAUAGAGAAAACAAACAUGUUCUUAGUUCCUCUCCUGUUACUGAUCAUUCUGUUUACUUUUGUUUGGUCUCUAACCAGGGAUUACGCUGACAUCGGCAUCAAAUUUCUCUUCACACCUCAUUGGGAAUCAUUCGGUGAGCCCCGGCUAUGGGUAGACGCCCUGAGUCAGAAUGCGUUUGACACUGGAGCAGGGAUGGGGCUAAUGAUACCGUAUGCUUCUUUUAUGACGGUGGACAACAGUAUUGUCAAAUACGGACUGUUUAUUCCGUCUAUCAACAACCUCAUCAGCUUAAUUUGCGGGAUUAUGCUUUUCGCCACAGUGUUUUCUACAAUGAUUGCUUUGGAUCCUAACAUAUCCAAACCUGGAAUUCUGGAUAUAAUGAAGCGAUCCGGACCGGGAAGCACUGGUUUGACCUUCAUAUGGAUCCCUGUUUUGUUUUCUACGAUCGGCGUGUUUGGUCGAGUUCUCUCUGUGUUGUUCUUCGCUUGUCUGUCUAUGGCUGGCAUCACUUCUCUGGUAGCAAACAUGGAAAUGGUCACACAUACCUUAUACGACUUUGGGGUUCCGAGGAAAUUCGGAAUGCCCUGUACGGUAACAUUAACCUUCCUGGGAGGACUAGCUUCAGCCCUCAACUUAGAUAUUCUAACUAAUCAGGAUUUUGUCUGGGGAUUUGCACUUGUCAUCAAUGGUUUCUUUCUGCAAUUAAUGGUGAUUAUAUAUGGAACCAGAAAGUUUCGACAAAAUAUGUUUAACAGCUACAGUAUUGGGGACUGGAAACUUCCACGUGUGUGGGAAUGGGUGGUCAAAAUAAUCGCCCCUUUAGAAGCACUGUUUAUUAUCGGAUGGUGGGCGUAUGAUCUGAUUGACGGAGAUUCAGGGGACGGGGAAAAAUGGUACGAAUUCGGGAGGGAAACCCUCGUCAUCACCGUGGUACAGUGGUUCGCAUUAAUGGUUCUACUGGUGUCCAUCAAUAUGAUAUAUCUGUGUUGUCGCAGACGAGGAGAUGACGAGACUGUAAAGUUGCUAGGACGACAGGUUCUCCAGACAUCACAGGAACCGGAAGUUUCAUACAAGGACGUUAAUUUAUAGUUCUCAGAUGCUCAGUUUUACAUGUUAAACAAUUUUCGUUUUUCUUGAAAGUGUAUUUUUUAAUUAUAAUUACAUGUAGUGUAACUCUGUUUAACGUGAAUAUAUUUUAACAAGAGACACUUAAGGAUUUGGAAGCAAGUUGAAUCCUUUCCCUUUAAUUAAUUAGUAAUAAUAAAAUGUAUAUUGUCCAUGUUUCAUGACAGUGAUAAUGUAUUUUGUGUAUCCUUCUUGUUCCAUCUAUUAGCUUGUCAUUUGUUGCUUUUUUUGUGGAUUGAAUCUAGAUAUAAAGAGUACAUUCGUGUAA